UCAGUAAAGGGACUUAAUGUAGUUCCCGCACACAUCUAAUUAUUUCGUUCUUUCAUUUCUUUUCGUAAUUUUUGAAGAACCCCGUCGAAAAUGGAGCUAUAGAGAAACCAAUGUAAAGUGCAGUUCCUAGUGAACCAGAGGAGCUCUUUGGUUCCCAGGUCUUGUCUUGUCUUGAGCCAGGUACCUGGGCAAGAUGUGGGGGUGCAGGAAGCAACCUCAGAGUGCUUUGGAUGCUAAACAUCUAGUAAUGAUGCUUGGGAAAGCCCUUAAGAAAGAGAGAGAGCAAUGGAAGCCACGAGUGUUCCGGAAGACUACAACCAUAGAGGAAGUUUGUGAGGAACACCGUAAUGAAGCAGUAUUAUGGCUGCGGAAUCUAAACCAGCACUUUCAGUUUUCAUCAGAGAGCCUUGGUUUAGCCAUUGCUAUAUUUGACCAGUUCCUUCAGCUGGUAAAGGUCCGACCCAAGUAUCUGAGAUGUAUUGCAAUAAGCUGUUACUAUCUGGCAGCCAAAACACUUGAGGAGGAUGAGGUUAUUCCUAGCACCACGGAUCUUGUGCGUGGAAGUCAGAGUGGUUGCACUGUAGCCGAGGUUUGUCGAAUGGAGCGGCUAGUUCUAGACAAACUGAACUGGAAUAUCAACUUUGUGACCUCUGUUGACUUCCUUCAUAUGAUCCAUGUGAUAAUGAUGAAGAACAACCCACACUUGCUUGAUGGGCUGAGCAGCAUGACGCCUUCACAGCACAUCAGCAUCCUCCGCAGCAAGCUGAUCAUUUGUUUGGGUCAUGGAUCUCUCAUGCUAUUCCCACCGGCCCUACUGGCUUUAGCGUUGAUCAGUUUGGAACUGGAGCAGUUUACAUCCAUCUGGUUUCCAACCAUUGUUUCUUUGCAAAAGAUGGUCCAGGUGGAUAGUAAACAUCUUAUCCAUUGUCGAGAGCAAGUGGCUCAGUGUUUGGCCAGCAAAAAUCAUCUCCAGACCAGCUACAGGUUCUCCAGCUUAACACGACCCAAAGUGAAAUCCAACAAACGCAAAGUUGAUCUCAUGGCCGAAGAGGUGGAUGAAAUCUAUGACAGUAUCAAACGACUGUACAGUGAGGAGACUGUGGAGGAAGUACUGGUGAAUGUGAGGCCGUCCUGCAGUUCAGAGGCUCGACAGGACCCUGAGGAAAUGAGCUUCGCUCAAAUUCAAGCCGUUUCAGCCACCUGAGCAAGUUCUGUGUGCCCUACAUCUACCCAGAUGGGUUUUCACUUUCUCAGAUGAAUUUUAUUUCCCCACAGAUCUAUCAGUAGACACCCCAACCAACGAAGAAGUAUUACAUUCUUACAAUUCAGGAAGAACAACUGAUAAAAUAACAGGAACUUGUGUAACUGUUUUGUUUUGUAUUUUACCUGAGAAACUGGUUGAACCUGUUGUGCAGCACAGGGAUUUUUUUUUUCUUUCUUUUAAUUUCUUUGAGUUUUUCGCUCAGAGUUGAGGUUAGAAUUAAAGUUGUAAGGCAGCAAACAUUGUACUACUUUACUGACCUAGCCUGUUAUAUUGGAACAAAUGGAAUAACAAACUGGGAGUUGUACAAAUGUGUGGAAGUCUUUUCAUUUCUGGAAAUAUGGCGGAGUUUUAGGGUAAGCUGACGUGCCAACAUGAUAGUGUGUGUUGAAGGAUGUGUAGAUGAUGAACUAUGGAUUGUAGCUCGACAGAUGGUAGUUGUGCUAUUGUAAAUCUCUUGUACUGAUAUGUUUCUUCUGAGCUUUUGUACAGUUCUAGCAUUUUGUGUUCCGCUGUAGUUAUAUUGGCUUUCUGUGUAAACUGUGAAACAGAAAUAUUUUAGUAUUGUACAGUUCAGUUUUAGCCUCUUAGGACUUUGUAAAUGUUUUAUAUUCAUCUAGAAGAGAUGAAAGUGAACGAUUGUGGACCGAAUGAGGAAGAAUGCUUGAGGAAGGUUGAUGUGGACCACAUCAGUGCCGUGACGUUUUAAGCUGUGAUCAUUCUGAACAAGCAAUGAAGUGUUGAGCACAAAACUUCUUCCACACUUGAUUUGUGAAGGUUGUUAAACGCAGAAGGUAUCAAAACUGUUUUAAGUUUUAAUGGGCUCGUGAUUGGAACGUCAGACGAAUAUUUUUAUUCCAUUAUACAACUCUGAAUUCUUAAUAUCAAAUUUUGUUUUAAAACCCACUCAUUAUGACUGAAAUCUUUAUACUCUUUCUAUCUGGGUUCAAUAUCAAUUUUUGCAACAAUCACCUAACUGUGUGAAAACAGGUUGUAAACUAUAUAGGAAGGCAAUCUUCUAAUCUGGUCCAACAGUAAUAAACAAGAUUGAAAAUGCA